AUGCUCAAAAGGGACAAGUCCCUCGUUUCAGAAUCCAAGAAAGAAUUAUUUUCCCAAGGAGCUCCACAAUCCAUACUGAGAAAUGAUAUGAAAAAAAUUCACUCUAAGUCUCAUUUUGUGCAUUCAGCGGGUGCUUUAAAAUCAAUUCCAACAAAUAAACCUUCAAAAACUACUCAUUUUGAAAUUGAAAUCUUUGAUGCUCAAACAGGAAAGCUGUUAUGUAUUGUGGAUAAGGUGAUGCAAACAUUUACUAUCCAUGAUGUUAAACAAAAAUUUCACCAAGCAUGUCCAAAGUGGUACCCAUCCAGAGUUGGCCUUCAAUUAGAAUAUGGUGGAGCUUUCCUGAAGGACUACAUAACCAUUCAAAGUUUUGCAGCUUCCUCCAUUGUCACACUGUAUUUUACAGAUCUAGGUCCACAGGUCAAUUGGACUACAGUAUUUUUGUCUGAAUACACAGGACCACUGCUAAUCUAUCUCAUCUUUUAUAUGAGAACUCCAUAUAUAUAUGACAUUAAAGAAAGCUCGAAAAGGUUACGUCACCCAGUAGUACAUUUGGCCUGUCUUUUUCAUUGUAUACACUAUAUUCGAUAUAUUUUGGAAACCAUAUUUGUUCACAAAGUUUCUGGAGGACAUACACCUAUGAAAAAUUUGAUAAAGGGAUGUACCUUUUAUUGGGGAUUCACGUCAUGGAUUGCCUACUACAUUAACCAUCCACAGUAUACACCACCAUCGUUUGGAAACAGACAAAUUACAGUGUCUGCUAUAAAUUUUCUGAUUUGUGAAGCUGGAAACCAUUUCAUCAAUGUGGUGCUGUCUCGUUCCAACCACACAGGAAAUAAUGCCUGUCUUCCAUGUCCAAAUUACAACCCCUUCACGUGGAUGUUUUUUCUGGUUUCAUGUCCUAAUUACACCUAUGAGAUUGGAUCUUGGAUAAGUUUCACUAUCAUGACACAGACACUUCCAGUUGGUAUUUUUACACUGCUGAUGAGCAUCCAGAUGUCUUUGUGGGCGCAAAAGAAGCAUAAGAUUUAUCUGAAGAAGUUUAAUUCAUAUAUGUAUUGGAAAUCAUCAGUAAUUCCAUUUCUAUUGUAA